AUGAGUUACGGGCAUGUAGACCAAGACAGGAUGUUGAACGCGACCCAACGCCUUGAUGAGGCGACGGACCAGAUCGAACAGUCGAACGCGAUCUUAGAAGAUACAGUUGGUGUCGAGAUGGAUUCAUUACAAGAACUCCGAAGACAAAGAGAGGUUAUUUCGAGUGACAAAGACACACUGGACAAGGUCAACAUCGACUUGGACACGUCGAAUAAAACACUCAAGGGGAUGCUCAGAAGAGCAAUCACAAACAAAAUCUUCCUUUGUGUUAUUAUCAUCGUUUUCCUCGUCAUCAUUGGCCUCGUCAUUUACUUCGGAUUUUUCUUUUUCAAGAAAGACUGA